GACAUUUGAAGCUUAAUGCGUAUAUAUGAAUUACGGUGAUGUGAAUAAAAAUAAUACUUGACAAUUUAGAUUAUUUAAAAAAAGCAAUGAAUAAAUGUUGACGUAAUAAUUAACGUAGCAGAUAAACUUUCAUAUAAAUAAUUAAAUAAAUGGAAAUAAAUGAACAAAUCAAUAUAGCCCGUGAAGAUGUUUCUGUCGUGUAGAGCGAUAAGUAAACACCGCAGAUGUUUUAUUUGCUUGGCAAUUCUGCUGGUUUCACUCGUCAUAUACACAUUCAGGCCCAGCGCUCGAGGAGUCUUCCUCGCGCACCACGAAGCGACACCUUUUCGUCGAGGUCCUCCGGAGAAUCCUCUCGUUGGGAAUCCGCCAAGGGUUCUGUGUCUCGUCAUGACGGCGCCCUUGCACCAUCGAGAUCGAGCGAGACACGUGGCUGCCACCUGGGGACUGGAGAGACAAGGGCAGGAGGACGAAGGAAAGGAUAUGACUGACCUUCAGUACCACGAAUCUUGCCCCAAAACGGUUUUCGUCACGUCUUCGCCGCAUCCAAGUCUGAAGAACGCUAUCUACACUGACUAUACUUCGUAUGAAGAAAUCUGGGGCAAAGUCUUGGUUGCAUUUAGGAGCGUGAAUGCCUCCCAGGCCAACUGGUUCAUGAAAGCUGACGACGAUACUUUUGUGAUUUAUCCUCGACUGCUGAGACUGCUGGCUCAGUUUGAUGCUGAGAAGCCCUGUUUUCUGGGAUUUAACCUCAUUUAUACGUUUAAGGAUGGAAGAGAGGUUGAAUACAUGUCCGGUGGAGCUGGCUAUUUGCUCAGCAGCCCCGCAGUGAAGAUGCUCCAGGAGGCUGACAUACCUGAGUGCCAGUUUCCAGGUGCGACACUGUACGAGGAUGUCAACAUGGGAGCUUGUCUAACUGCUUUAGGAGUUGAGUAUGGCGAUACAAGAGAUCCUCUAGGACGACCCGUGUUCCUACCGUAUCCUCCACAGACGUUUUUUGAUCCUGAUAAUCGCCAUCAUCCCGACAUCGCAUGGAUCAGUUCCAUGAGCAAAUAUCCUGUCAAGUUUGGAACGCAGCACUUGAGCGACCGAGUUGUUUCUUUCCACGAAAUCAGGAACCCUAAAGACGUAUACAUCAUGCAGUAUCUCACGCACCACUUACACAUUCAUUCUCCCUCCAAGGUCACGCCUUUCACUAAGUUAUGAGGUUGUGUGAUUAUCUAUAUUCUGUAUGUACACACACACACAGACAUACAAUUAUGUAUAUAUAUGUAUAUAAUCUACUGGUCCUUUUUACCAGAUACGUAUGUAAUUGUAAUAGCCACAAUGCCCUCUUAACUCCUCGAAUUCUUGCGCUAUUUGGGUACCCUUGUCACUACAAAGCCUUGGAUCCAAGUGCAAGAAAUAUGAAGCAAUAAUGAUUGCUGGUGGCGGGAAACGAACCCGCAUCCUAUACAUAUAUACACCUACACAUAUGUAUAUAUAUUAUAUAUGUUCAUAUAUAUAUACAUCUAAUUAAUAUAUAUGUAUAUAUGUAUGUAUUUACAUAUAUACGUAUGUAUCCGAUCGACGAAGUAAAAAUAGGCUCUAACAAAACCCGACCAUGGCAAGUUUCAGUGAGACCAAGAAAUCAUGAACACAGAAGGAAAAAGACAAAAUCAGGAGUUUUGCAAUUGCAGUCAGGCCCUUUACGUGAAUACUUUGAGGAGAGAAAAAAUAGCUUGUAGCUCCAUCAGUUGGAUACAGAUUUAUAUGCUCCUUAAAUGCUGGGACCUUUGUGAAAUAAUUUUAUUUCAUUGGUUUUGUAAGUGUCUGGGAAAGGCAUUUUCUUUGAUUGAAUUAACUCAUCAGGUAGUUUAUUAAACAUACAUUAUUGAAAAUCUAAAGAAAGGGUUAGCUAGAUUAUUACACCGAUCUGCAAAUCGAUGUAAACUGGUAGUACGAAACUUACGAGUUAGGAAAAACUGACUUAAACUGGGGAAACAGGAUUAAGAUGAAUUUAUUUUAAGAGAUUCACGUACCCUUGGUAAAUGCUGCAUUUCAUGAAUCUUUACCAACUUGUUGAAAUAGUAAGGCGAACGCAAGUAUAAAUUCUUAUUAAUAAACUUUAUUGAUAUUA